AUGUCGUUCUUUUUCAAAGCCCCUCUAGAUAUCGAGAUCAGACUAGAUAGCGAGAACAUACGUAAGCACAUUAACAUUAAAACAACGCACGGCCGUACAGAAUCGCUACCAAUAUACGAGGACGGCGAGACUGUCAAAGGCGAGGUCACUGUUCGUCUGAAAGAGGGCAAAGCUGUAGAACAUGUUGGUAUUAAAGUACAAUUGCUAGGAUCGAUCGAAUCGCCCUUGGAUGUGAUCAGUUCUUCUGAGUUUCUCUCGUUAGCUACCGAGCUUGCCUCUCCAGCUGUGCUUUCCAAUUCAGAAUCGUAUCCUUUUGAGUUUAAGAAUGUUGAGAAGCAACAUGAGAGUUACCGGGGUAAGAACGUCAAAUUGCGAUACUUCAUCAGGGUUGUUGUCUCGAGGAAAAACAAGCUGGACAUUACCAGAGAAAAAGAGUUGUGGGUGCAACAGUUUUCGUCACCGCAGGUGAGCCCGGAUGCAAUUGCAAAUACUCUGAAACUGAGUGUCAAGAUGGAUGUUGGAAUCGAACAAUGUCUACACAUCGAGUUCGAAUAUCUGAAAUCCAGAUUCCUGCUCAAAGAAGUAAUUGUUGGAAGAAUCCAUUUUUUCUUGGUUCGCUUGAAAAUAAAGCAUAUGGAGAUCUCUUUGAUUCGAAGAGAGUCUGUGGGCACUGCCCCUAACCAAGCUGUUGAGAGCGAUACAUUGGUGCAAUUUGAGAUAAUGGAUGGCGCGCCAGUGAAAGGCGAGAGCAUCCCAAUCCGUUUGUUUUUAGGCGGCUACAAUUUGACUCCCACCUACAAAGAUGUGAACAAAAAAUUUUCAGUCAGAACGUAUUUGUCGCUUGUAUUGAUUGAUGAGGAUGCCAGACGGUACUUCAAGCAGAGCGAGAUCAUCUUAUACCGCGAGCCUAAAGAGAACUGA